AUUAAUUCGUGAAAACAUGUAAAUAUUCGUCUUUUUUUUCCCAAGGAAACUUUAAUUUCUUUAUUUAAAUUACUUGAGGUGUGUGAUAUAGGUACGGAACCGACAUAAGUAAUACGUGACCGCCGUACUCGCUUCUUCACAAUUUUGACCACAAGAUGUCACUUUGAACCUGCAAACAAAAACAGAACCACGAUGGGUUUAAAAUUCCACCUAAUUGCCGUUUAUAUAGAAACGUAAAACAACUAUAUUGCUUUAUGUAUUCUUCAUUAUCAAUAACAAUGCUAUUCAGAUGGUAAUAUUACCCUGUUAAUUGAUUCAGGCGACAAUCGACGAAAUAUAAUUAUAUUUCAAAACAAAAGUUGCAGUUGCAGGAGAUAAGUCAUUUCUGCAAUGUUUAUUCACUUGAUUAAUCCUCUGCGGUCAUUUCCACGUCGUGUAAAUGUCAGAAAUUAAUACAUUGGUGGGAGGGAUCCUUUCAGCAGGAGGCGGCGUGCACAGCUCAGAGAGAACACUUUCCUGCAGCACCAAUCCAUCUUCAUAGACACCUGAUGAGCAUCCCCUAGAAACUUUUCAAGACCCCCCUGGAGGAAACCAGUCAUAAUUUUGUAUUACCUUGGUGUGUUCGGUGCCACAAGAGGAACACUUUUGGUUACUGGACUUGUGAGAAGAUGUCUUUUUGGUGCAGGUGCUUGAUUUUGCUGGGUUUGUCAGCUACUUGUGGCCAUGCUGCAGUUCAGACCUGCAUGGAUAAGCACCAAGUGGUUGGGGUGCUACGACAGAUGGACAAGUUUCUGAAAGGCCAAGAAAUUCGGUUCACAGAAGGCCUCCGGAUAAUGAAGUCAAAACUGGCAACGCUGCAAAAUUCAGUCUCCAAACUGCCUCAAGCAGACCAGUCAGCUGCCCCCACCACCUGCCCCCAGCUGGUAGAACCGGAUCACGGAAUCAAGUUCGGCUCCAAGCAUCUGGUCGGACACGAGGUGCAUUUCACUUGCUCGCAGGGCUACCACCUGGUGGGCUCGGCCACGCGUGUCUGCCAGGACAACGGAACGUGGAGUGGAGCUGGCGUCUUUUGUAAAGACGUCAGCGAGUGUGCAAGUAACCCCUGCCAAAAUGGAGGCACAUGUGUGGAUGGUGUCAGUCAGUACAAAUGCACCUGCUCCCAGAACUGGAGUGGCUCCCACUGCCAGCACCGAACUCAGACAGCUCCUCCUGAGUGGAGCGUCAUGAACGAUCCAGCGUUUAGCCGAAAACCUCGCUGUGCCCAAGUGAACCGAGCCCAACACUGCAGCUGUGAUGCUGGCUUUCACAUGAGUGGCACAUCAGACAACAGUAUCUGCCAGGAUGUCAAUGAGUGUGAAGUCUACCGUCUGGACCAGGGAGGCACGUUAUGCGUCCAUGAAUGUGUCAACGUGCCGGGCUCAUACCACUGCUCCUGCCCCAGCGGCUACAAGCUGCUCCCAGAUGGGCGGAGCUGUGAGGAUGUGGACGAAUGUUUAAACCAGCAGCACAACUGUAGCCGAGGAACAACAUGUAUCAACACAGGGGGAGGCUUUCAGUGUGUCAACCCAGACUGUCCCCGCUCCCAUGGCAACAUCACCUACGUCAAAACAUCUUCCUUUCAGUGUGAGAGGAACCCCUGCCCCAUGGACAGCCGCUCCUGCAACCUGGCUCCAAAGACGGUCUCCUUCCACUUCCUCUCCCUCCCUUCCAACUUGCAAACCCCCGCCACCCUUUUCCGUAUGGCCACUGCGGGGGCCCCCGGGCGCGCGGGGCCCGACAGCCUGCGCUUCGGCAUCGUAGGAGGAAACUCCCGAGGCACUUUUGUCAUGCAGCGCUCGGACAGACAAACCGGCGAGCUGAUACUGGUCCAGCAGCUGCGCGGCCCACAGGAGAUCAGCGUGGACGUGGACAUGUCGGAAUAUGCCGACCGCACCUUUCAAGCAAAGCACGUGGCCAGAGUCCACAUUCUGGUGUCACCCUACAACUUCUAAGGAACAGAUUGUACUGGUCACCUUCAUCACCUCGCAGGCCGAGCCUCGCUUUAUUUUGAAGUCAACUGUGCAACUGUCAUAAUAUUCCUAUUAGCACAAACAGCAGCAUUAGAAUGUCACUCAGUUGGAUCAGCAUCAAACAAAUAUUAUUUGUCAUUAGGAUGCAUGCUUUAUUGCUCUAGGACACAGGUGUCAAACUCAAGGCCCGGGGACCAAUUCUAUCCCACUAUAUCAUUGCAAUGUGGACGCCAUAUCAUUUUAUUGUAGCCCGCCACAUCAUUUUACUGCCACAUUUUAAAGUGCCCCGUCCAAUAAUUUUAACUUGGCCUACCACAUUAUGUUUAUUGUGGCCCUCCACGUCAUUUUGUGUGGUCCGCCACUUCAUUUUACUGUAAACCGCCAUGUUUUAAAGUGCCUCGUCCAAUAAUUUAGAGGUGGCCUACCACUUAAUUUUUAUUGUGGCCCUUCACAUCAUUUUAAAGUGACCCUCCACAUCAUUUAACAAUAGACAGCCAAUUUUAAAGUGCCCCGUCCAAUAUUUUUGAUGUGGCCUACCACAUCAUGUUUAUUCUGGCCCUCCACGUCAUUUUAUGUGGCCGGCAACAUAACUUUCCUGUAGACCGCCACAUUUUAAAGUGCCCCGUCCAUUAAUUUAGAAGUGGCCUACCACCUCAUGUUUAUUGUGGCCCUUCACGUCAUUUUAUGUGGUCCGCCACAUCAUUUUAAAGUGGCCCUUCACGUCAUUUUACGGUAGACAGACAGUUUUAAAGUGCCCCGUCCAAUAUUUUUGAUGUGGCCUACCACAUCAUGUUUAUCGUGGCCCUCCACGUCAUUUUAUGUGGCCCGCAACAUCAUUUUCCUGUAGACCGCCACAUUUUAAAGUGCGCCAUCCAAAACUUUUGAUGUGGCCAACCACGUCAUGUUUACUGUGGCCCGCCAUGUCAUUUUAAAGUAGCCCUCCACGUAAUUUAACUGUAGACAGCCAUUUUUAAAGUGCCCCGUCCAAUAAUUAUAAUUUGGCCAACCACAUCAUGUUUAUUGUGGCCCUCCACGUCAUUUUAUGUGGUCCGCCACGUCAUUUUUACUGUAGACCGCGACGUUUUAACGUGCUCCGUCCAGUAAUUUUAAUGUGGCCUACCACAUUAUUUUAUUGUGGCCCACUAUAUCAUUUUGAUGUGGCCCUCUACGUCAUUUUGUGGUCCACCACAUCAUUUAAGCGGCCCACUAUGUCAUUAUGGGAACCGCGAAAGGCUGGAAAUAAAAAAGCACCUUCUGGCUAAAUGCAUUUGUUCUUUCAACUUUGACAGACAAAUGUUGCACAUGCGAUUGCCAACUGAAUGUUCUACACUUGAAUAUUAUCUGAUGUUCCAAGCAUUUAUUUUGGUUAUCAAAAGUAAACACUUAAAUAUCUGCCUGUCAUCCUGACACACAAUUUCAAAGCAAGCUAUCCAUCGGUCUAUAAAAAUCAAAAACCGUUUCCUUUGCAAAUUGUGUGACAAGGCUACUAUACGUUUAUACUCCUAUAUAUUCACUCUUUCAUGUGGCCCUCUGAGAGCAGUUAUAAUUGCAAUGUGGCCCCCACUAAAAAUUUGUUUGACACCCCUGCUCUAGGAAAUAAGAUUGUACCAUUUUAAUAAGGGUUUUAUGCAGCCAAAUCCGAAACCGAUCAUCCAUGAGUGAUAUCGGCCAAUAUUAAUACAGAUAUCAAUCUCAUGUAUCAACUGUAAUUUUUCCAUUCAUUAAUGGUAAGUGCAAUUGACAGUUUAACAAUAGCAACGCAAUAUUUAAACUUGUUCCGUAUUAUCUUUUGUUUUAUAUCCAUCCAUCCAUUUUCUACCGCUUGUCCCUUUUGGGGUCGCGGGGUGUGCUUGAGCAUACAAUUGAAUCAAAACAAAGUCAAUAACUAAACAAAAGCAAAUACUACUAUCUACUACUCAUUAACAAAACAACCAAAAACUAAUUUUGAGGGAAUAAAAAUAUUGAUGUGAUCACGCGAUAGUAUCGCUUAUAUAUUAAUACCACCUUCAAUACGGAUACUACAAAUUUAUAGAUCGAUCCGCCCUCCUCUUACAAAGCUGACACACCAACAAUUGUUAUAUUAACCUCUCGCUAGACCAGGGGUGCCCAAAGUGCGGCCCAGGGGCCAUUUGCGGCCCGCAGCUCGAGUUUUGUUGGCCUGUAGCCAACUGUCGGAACAAACUGUAAAAAUGUAAGACAAAAAAGAAUGGGGAAAAAAUCUGAAAUUGUAAUACUAAUAACUAAUAAUAAUAUAAUUUGUGGCCUAUACUAACACAAAACUGGGACUAAGUUUUGGCUUUAAAUAUAUUUAAUGUCUGUUUUCAGCAUUGUAUUUUACAAAAUAAAAAAAUAUCAAAAUGGCCCCCCGCAUACUUUGACUUUUCCAUACGCAGAUCUUGGUGAAAAAAGUUUAGACAGCCCUGCUCUAGACUUAUAUUAAUCUACUUCUAAAUUUCUGUGGUUUCGUUUACCCUUCUUUAACUUUACUAAGCAUGUAUUUCUUGGUGUUGUUUAACGCUAGUUUAGUGGUUAGCUUAGCGAUUAGCAUGCCUGCUCCUUGCUUGAUUAGCCUUAUUCUCCAAUGACAGUUAUACAGAUAUUAAGGAAUGCAGUCCAUUUGCAGUUAUAGAGGUGAUUAUUAUUAGCUUAGGGAAGCGUCUCCACACUGUGUAUGGAGAUCCAUAAUUAGCUGCUAGCCACUUCUCAGCCGGGGGACUAAAGAUAAAUACAGUGUCAGCCAGAGGGGAUUGCCGUUUUCUAUCGGCAAUAAAAGCAAUUAAUCGGCAAUGGCGAUCACAUACUUUAUCACAAAAAUUGUUUAAUACAUCUAAUGCAAAAGCAAAAUAAUUGAGAAAGAAAAGUUACGGUACCUGCCUGGAUAUUUUCCAUAGAAAUGUACAGUAUCUCACAAAAAUGAGUGAUUUUAGCAACCGUUUUGUUACGGUAUAUUUUCUCAAGGGGCAAUACUUUAAAAAUGACCUUGGAUACAUUUUAGAGUAGUCAGUGUAUUAAUGUAAUAUCCACUAAAAAUAGUCAACACACAACUAUUGUUUUUGUUUUGUUUUGAUUUUUUACAAUGCUUAGAUGACUUGAUGUCACCAUUACUGAUGAAAAGUCUGGGGCUGCAUGAGUGCCACUGGGGAGCUGUGGUUCACUGAGGGAAUUCCAACACAAACUGACAUUCUGACACACCUUACGUUAGGACACAAUUUGUACAUUCCACUAUGAGGUGUAAGCUGUAAGUGGACUACUUUACUUUUACACUAUCAGUACUUUAAACUUCACUUCUAUUGUAUUGCCCCCCAAGAAGAUAUGAUAAAUAGUUGUUCAACUGUUUAUCAUCACAUUGCUGCAUUCUAAUGAUAAAUACCUACUUUUAUAUUUUGGAUAUGUAUUUUACAUUGUUAAUCCAUUAAGGGAGUAAUGUUUUUAAGCGCGGGUCAUGUAACCUUUCAUAAAGUCUUCGUAAAUGAAAUAAAGUCAGCGUAAACCUUGCUUUGGUAGUCACCUCACUUGUCCUUUUUUUCAUUUAAGUAGGAGCAUAUAAAGCAAAACCAUUCUGAUUAAUGAACCCUGGAUAGUUGUUCAA